AUGCGCCGGCGCAGUCUUCUCAAUAAAAUCAAUCCACUCGUUUCUCACGCCAAACACGCUCAUCACGACUUCGAUUCCCUUACCCACGGUUCUCGACCGUCUAUCAAGCUGCCUCGCACAGGGAAACGGCAGAAGCGCGCGCAUGCUGCCGCGGGCUUAACUGUCCCUGUUAAUGCCCUGCAGUAUGCCAAUGCGCCGGCCGUGAAUAUGAGCGAUAUGUCCAGUGGGUUGGGGAGGAGACCAUCGUGUCCUGUGGCAGACUUCGCUGGCUCUCCGAUGCCGAACUUGCCGUAUAUUCCAAGUCACCAUGCUGCUGGCCAGGGACUUGGAAAGCAUUCUCCGCGAGAGAAUACAGGAUUGCCGUAUGGGCCGGGGUCAGGUUUCAACCUGGAGUCGUAUGCGCCAACAUAUGACAACAAUACGGCAAGCACAAACCUCUAUGAAGGUGGUCAAUUAUUAAACGAGGGCACAGUGGGCUCACCUUCAAGUUCAUUUGGCGCCUUCAAUGUUCCACGAUGGAACCCAGCGAAUACCCAGUUGCCGACUGCACUACCGCAGCCAUUCCCCUUCAUCAAUCCGAUGUUCUUCAAUCAGGUGCCAAUGGGCAAUUUCUCAUCAUCAUUUCCCAUGAUGCCGCCGUUUAACCCAAUGCUUCCUCUGCAGUCCCAGAAUAUGAGCACGAUGGCAGGAUCAACGAGACAUCUACCUGAAACGGGGCCACUACCGCGGAGAGCACGGUCACCAACACCGCCGAUGAAGAGACCCUCGCCUACAAUCAAGUAUAUGCAGCAAGCCUCUGAAGCACCACGAAGAUGCCCCUCCAGACGGCCAUUACUGAUCAUUCUCGACUUAAACGGCACCCUCAUCUUUCGAAAACACCGCAAGCUGCCACCGAACUUUGCCCGGCGCCACGGUCUCGACGAGUUUCUCGAGACACUGACCCGUAAAUAUUCGGUGAUGAUCUGGUCGAGCUCAAAACCGCCAACCGUGAACGCCGUCUGCGAGAAGUUAUUCCCCGGUGACAAGCGCAACCGUGUCGUAGCAUUGUGGGGACGCGACAAGUUCGGCCUAAGCAAUCUACAGUACAAUGCGAAGCUGCAGGUAUAUAAAGAACUGCGCAAAGUGUGGGCAAGCUCCGAAAUUCAGGCCGCAUAUCCCGGAAACGAUGCCGUGAAGCAACCAGCGCCCAAAAAGGGCGGUGGUAAACACAGCAGGAAAACCCAAAACCGCCUAAACGCUGCCGAAGUCUUCCCUCCAGGCCACCGCUGGGACCAGACGAACACCAUCCUCAUCGACGACAGCAAACUGAAAGCUCUCAGCGAGCCAUUCAAUAUCCUCGAGAUCCCGGAGUUUACGAACGACCCGAACAUAGACGAGUCUUCACUUUUCACUCAGGUCCUCGCCAAACUCGACGCUCUCUCGCGUCACGACGACGUGAGCAAGGUGCUCCGCCAGUGGAACGAGCGAGUUGCGCGGGGAGAGUCUAGUAUCUUGGACCUGGACAUCUCUCUUGAAGAGGAACUCGACGACGAAGAGGACGGUGGCAUCAGUCUGCUGCCUCCUCAAUCCCCCGCCACCUUUGCCAAUCCCAUUGUUGAAUCUCAGGUUCAAGCUCAAAUUGCCCAGGGAACGGAUCCCAAAGAGGCUGCACGUCUCAGGACGGAGCGCAGGAAGGCGCGCAAGAAGGAGAAAAAAGCCGCCAAAGCCGCCGUCGCGGCUGCUGCUCAGGUCGCUAAGCAGACGCAGGUCCAGGCUCCGACUCAGAUUCCCAGUGCUGUGAAGGAUAUCGGUUCAAUGGCGUUCAACACCGACCCCAGCAACAAAAGCCGCCGCAAGAAGGGCAAGAAAAAGCCUCGCUGGGCCCAGGAACCUGAUAUCGAGCGCGAGCUCGAACCUAACGCACGCGCCAAUAUCAUGGAACCCCCGGCUGGCAAUCGGUACAACCUCCGCCGUCAAACCCAACCGAAUCCCGCAGCGACUACGGAGGCGUUGGAGGGGAAUGAGAGCACUUCGUCACAAGGUCCUCCUUACCCCGACUCCGCCACCCUCGACCACAGCGGCGCCCACGUAGCUCAUAAAGAGUUCAAGGGCGCAACGUCCACAGUCAACGCGGAGACGCUGGAGGCAAGUGAAGCUUCCUCGUUAGACCCCGCUUGGAGCGGGUACAAACGAGGCCGUGCCCCUCGUCAUGUCGAUGCUCAGCUUCCCAUGGCAACUGAGGCUUCUGUGCCACAGCUACAGCAGGAGCAGCCGCAAUAUCAAUUUCAGACGAACCUGAACCGCCGCUCUGUAUCGCCACUAACGGAUGAGGAAAGACGUUCCGUCUCACCGGCCACGUCCUCUGCAUCUAGAAACUCGUUGCUGGACCGGUUGGAGGAGGGACUUGGGUUUCCGAAGAAGUAA